AUGGCUUCACUCAGAAGAGAUGUUGGAAAUAAACUCAAAUCGUACAGCUUUUCAGAAGCCCAGGAUGGCAAAGGGCCAUGCGAUCGUAGAGCCUCCCAUAUCAAGUCAGUUGUGAAGAGAUACAUAAAUGAAGGUCAUGAUGUCACUUCAGCUGAAGAAAUGAAAGUAGCCAUAGAUGCAAGACAAAAUGGACAAUUUAGAGUAAAAGUUGUGGACACAGUAACUGUUAGCGAUGGUGAAAAGAACAAUACUAAAUCAAUUCCAGGAAUUACCCAACUUCAUAACUUCCAGUUUGAGUCUGGUGGAUUGAGAGUAUGGAAAGCUUACACAAUAGGAAAAGGACAACUUAUUCCUUGGAAAUCACUUGGGUCUCCACCAAAGGCAACUGAACUUCUUGUGAAACUGAACUGGACAAAUGAGGAAACAGUCAGCAGAUCUUUGAAUACUGAAAAUGAAGACCCUCACCCUAAACCAAAGAGAAGGAAAAUUUCAUAUGAUUGUCCAAAAGAUGGCUGCAUCAAAUCAUUUAGCUCAAAUGAGACAUUGGAUAACCACCUUCUGUUGGGAGAUUGUAACUACGAACAAGUCAUUUCUGUGCAUGACAAGGCUAAAAUUAUGUAUGGCACAAAAGUAAAUAGCCUUUUCAUUAAUACCCAGUCAGUGUCAAUACCAUCAGACUCAAUUGCAGGAGAAAGUGGGCUGCGUCAGGGAUGGGCACUGAAAACCAAGAAAAAAAGAGUAAUUUUCACUGAGGCUCAGAGGAAAUACAUGCAUAAUAGGUUCUACGCAGGAAAAAGAACUGGCAGUAAGGUAGAUCCUUUUAGAGCUGCAGAGGAAAUGAGAAAUAUGAAGGAAGAAGAUCAGUAUCAAAAGGAAUGA